CUAUGGUCGCAGUAACUAGAUUCUACAAUUUUGCUGGUAUAUGUGCGGCACACAAUUCCAAUUUUGGUAGAGUUUUUCAGUUUUUUGAUGGAUUAACUUUUGUUUUGCUUUUUUGUGCUACUAUGGUAAUCCCACUUGAUGUAUUCCCAUAUACUUAUGAGGCAAACGACGCGUCUGCAAACCCAUGUAUUUCUAUAGGUUCAUUUUCCGAUCCUCCUAGUUCGUCGUGGAAUCCUAACGUUCUCUAUUGCUUUUAAUUUUGCAUUCAAAUUUAUCCAUUCACAAGCAACUUUUUCAUCCAGAAAUUCAUCCCAUCCAACUUCAGAUAUCCACAGCUUUUGGAUAAAUAAUGUUUGCUAAAUGAAGACGAAAAGACCAAAUAAUGGAUAUUUCAUCUGUUUCGAAGUGUCCCAAACGCACCGUGGGAUUAACCUUGCCAGUAGCUGAAGAGAGCAUCGAUGUCAAGCAGUUUAUUCAGUUAAUACCGGAAGCCCAACAAGUUCAUUGGAAAGUCCCGUACCUAAAUACAAAUCAUCAAUUAAGAAGAAGUCCUUUUCGUGGAAUUGGUGGAUCAUCAAUACCUAUGCAUGGAAAAACAUCGUGUUCAAUUUUGUUCGAGGAUAAGUAUUAUGAAUUAGGAGUUUAUGACAAUCCCAAUCUUAUCUUGCCUACAGCGCUCCUACUUGAUAAAACGCAAGCCCUAAAGCUAAGUUCGGGUUCUGUAAGCCCGAAUGCACCCUUGGUUCCUGAUUAA